AUGAUAACCAGGCAAACACAGUCGGGAAAGACGACUCCUCCAACCCGCCCAGGCACGUUCCCUUCUCUCUGCCAUAAAUUAAACCCUCCGAUCCACUUCUUCCAUAAACCCGAAAACCAAUUCAAGUCAACCCCAUCCUCAAAUCUGGCUCGGAAUAUCUUGAAACGCCUGUUCCCUCCACGAUCCCGAAGACCUGUUCCAAUUAUCCCUCUCGAAAUCAGACCACUCGCUGGUAGCAGUGGUAGUAGUAAUCGCCACUUUAAUAUGGAAAUAAACGUAUUCAAAUUAUGCUCUGGCCUUAAAGUUCUCGGCUACUUAAUGAUCCUUCUAGUUGCCGCCAUUAUCGCCGCCUCUUACUACGCCGUCGUAAUCGUUACCUGCGGCCCACAAUUACUUCGCGGCGGAGCCCACUCUGUUUUGGCCUUUGCUAUUGUCAUAGUCUUUCAUCUUCUGCUUAUAAUGCUACUGUGGAGCUAUUUUAGGGUGGUUUUUAAGGACCCUGGUGCUGUGCCUGAAAGUUGGAGAGCUGUGCUUCCAGAGGAGGUUUUGGAGUCUGGUUCUUCAUUGAAUGACGGGUCAGAUUGUGUAGCUGCUACGGAUGGACUGGAUCGCAGAGCGUUUUGCAUUCACUGCCAGAAUGGAAAGCCGCCGCGUUGUCAUCAUUGCUCUGUUUGCCAAAGAUGUGUUCUUAAGAUGGAUCACCAUUGUGUUUGGGUGGUGAACUGUGUUGGGGCAUGCAACUACAAGUUUUUUCUUCUUUUCUUGCUAUACACAUUUCUCGAGACAACAAUGGAUACUCUAGUGUUGUUGCCUGGUUUCAUCAACUUCUUUGGCAAAGCCAAGAAUCAUUCCAGCUCUCCUGGUGAUCUAGCAAUCAUCUUUUUGGCUUUUGUUCUUAAUUUGGCUUUUGCCCUCAGUCUCCUCUGUUUCCUGGUUAUGCACGCAUCUCUUCUGUCAAGCAACACUACCUCAAUAGAGGUUUAUGAGAAGAAAGGAGCAGCCAGGUGGAAGUACGACUUAGGCAGGAAGAAGAAUUUUGAACAGGUUUUUGGCACAAAGAAGGCACUGUGGUUCUUUCCAUUGUUCUCUGAGGAGGAUGUAGACAAAAUACCUGCACUUCAUGGCCUUGAUUUUCCAAUAAACUCGGAUGUUGAAGCUGAGGCUUGUUGA